AUGGCCGAUCAGGUUGAUAUCCAUGUGACCUACAAGGAUUCAAAGCACAUCAUUUCCUGUCCAAAAGGAGAAGUUGUCGAGGACUUUACCAUUCGUUUUCUUGAAGCCUUCGCCGAUAUGUUACCGCGCGAGGUGGAGCCAAGUGAUGUCAAGUUUCAGCUUCACGUUGAAAAAUUUGAUGACUAUGUGGAUCUGCAGAGCAACGAACUGCUUAAAGAUGGCAGUAAACUUCGAGUUCGAAUUCCAGAGAGAGGACAGGUUGAAGAAGCAAUUUCUAUUAAGUAAUUAACUUAAAGUAGCUUAUUUUUGAGUAAUGAUAAGUCUCUCAUGCGCGUGUGUUACACAAGUAAUACCUCGAUGUGAGUAUUCGGCAAAGUAUAAACAAAUUUGAAUUUUGGCACUCUACAGAUUAGGUCUAUAAACUGCAAGGAAAGUUACAUUGUAACAACGAUCCGUGAAAUCAGUGAGUGUUGCGUAUCUUGCGGAACCAACGCUCGAUAAAGAAUGAAAGAAAAAAUUAAAAACCAAAUGGAAAAGCAAUCUGAUAUUUUACUCCAUGCUCUGUUGCUGCCGGGUAAAACUAAAGUCUUCUUCUAUAGUAAAGUGCUGGAGAAAUAAUCUGCGCACUCAUGUUUUUCAUUUAUUCAUAUAUGAAAUUUUUCCGCUUCCGAUGAGAUUGUAAGUGAUCGAGUGAGAGGUUCAGAAUACCCAGAAAUAAACGCCUCAAACGCCAAACGCUAAUUUGCCUCAAAUAAAACAAUCCACGAGUGUUAGUGGUAUCUACAAAAUUUCACCCAUCAAUUUUUAUGUGAUUUUUUUCAGUCACCUAUUAAGCCUCAUCCCAUCCAGCCGAACACCAUUUAUCGACUGUGGAGCCCCGUUAGCAGAAAGAAUGAGGGUGUUGUAAUGAGGAAUUCAAGCACUAACAUUGUGACUUGCAGUGGAACGUUUAGCCCCUGUGGUGACAGUACGUAUAUCAUUCAGUUAAUUUAAAGAAUAACGUGGGCUGUAUGCAAUUUCUAACCAAAUGUCCCUGUAUAAAUGAAAGCUUCGCAAUGUCAAUGUAUGUGUUUUUUACAGUUCCUACCCAUUCCCCCUCAUCUCAUCAUGACCGUCUUCCCUCUCAGUCUCAUUAACACUUCUAUUGCGUAGCUCAUGUUAACCUUCAGGCAGAAACAACCUUCAUCAACUGACCUCAAUAGUAAUAGCAGAUGGAAACAAGAGGCGUUUUCCAUAACAAAGCAGCGAGAAGAAAUUACCCUAGCAUACUAACAUUUAUCAAAAUAAGGAUCAAUUUUUUGUUAUCUCUCAUAAAUGCCAAAUGACGCCUCCCAUCCAACAGUCCAAAAUUUAAGGUGGAUGAAAAAUUCACCAAAUUUUGUAACCUAAACAAGCAGUCUACUAAUUAAGUAAUAUAAGCAAUUUUAUUUGAACCUCCGAAUAUGAGUGAUAUCGCAGCGCCCAGGGAACGUUGAUAAAAUUACCAGAAAUUGCCAAAACUUUUGUGAGUCAGGUAACUGGUAUGACUUCAGCUGGUUGAUUGAGGAACUCGUUUAACAUGACCGGCUUCCUGGACCCUUAUCAUAGGAAUUGAAAUAUCAUCUAACACUACAUCUACUCUAUGUCCCUUUUAGCUCUUAUGGAGACCAUUGAUAAAACAAAUGGUCAGACGGCUUCAUUUGCCCUGCAAUUCAAAGAUGGAGCAAACAAAGCGUUAACACUGACCGGAGAUGGUAAAGGAAAGCCUGUCGAAGCCAAGGUAACUAAUGGCAUGAUUCUGUCUUAUCACCUCUCUCUACUUCAUUCGCCAUUUCCUUUACCUUUUUUAUCUAAUAAUUAAUACACAUAGAAUCGUUCUCAUUCAAUAGCUUUCAAAUUUUUAAUAAUCAAUUUAUUCUUUUUAUUGUUCUAUUUAUAUAUUUUCUCCAGGGUCCUUUUAAAAUAACUGAUUUCUCCAACUGAAAUGUCUUUUCCUCCAACGCUAAGUGCUACAGGGAAAGCUUGUCUUUCUAACUCGAAGGUGACUUAAAGCAAUCUUCGAUUGAGUGCCGUAAUUAAAACAAAAACGAGCUGAAAGCCGGGAAUCGCAACGGAAGGACCAAAUCGUAAUGAUUUUAGUUUUGCAUCUGUUGGUUCAGAGAGUGGCGCAAGUUUUUUUGGACCAAUCACAGAGCGAAAGCAAACCUUGAGCAAUUCCGGAUUACUUUUGACACUCAAUAGAAAAUUGUCCAAGAAACGGACUUCAAUAAAUCGCCUGAAAAUGGCAAUUGUUUCCAAGGUUGUGGCUAAGAAAAUUGGCAAGGGAAAAGAGCGUUAUUUAACCAUGAGAAAAAGUAAUUCAAAGCUUUUAAUUCAAAACUAUUUUCAAUUAAGGUAAUAGAAGGUGCAGAAGAAUCCAUCUUUGAGCCUGAAUACUUCUGGAGCUAUACGAUGUUCAAACAACGUGGCAGUGGCUACUAUCUGGGAUGUGAUGAUUCUGGAACUCUGACUUUGGUUGAAAAUUGGAAUCUUGAGUAUCCGAAUCCUCAAGCUCUUUUUAUUGUUAACAAACCUAAUAAGUCCACCUGA